AUGGCCCCUGCUACCGGAAAGCCAACAUGGGUUGGCUCUGAAGGGCGCGUCUCGACGCCUGGCAGUUCUCCCUCCGACAGCUUGAGAGAAGGUCAAGCUCUGCUGGACGACGACGAGCUCGGUGGUUCACCCAUGCGCGACCGCAGACGGUCCUCCAACACCAACCGCCUGGCUGCAAUGGCCGACAUUGGGGGCGUGAAUAGCUUCCGGUCCUUCGCCCGCAGUUGGCAGCGCGCGGCCGGGUUCACAGAGGUCCUCCCCCGCCGGCCGAGCUUUGUCUAUGCGGACGAGCGCACAGUCGACGAUCCGAGCACCGAGGACUUGCAAUACGGACGGAGCUACCCCCCGCAACGGCCUCCACCGCCGUCGAGGGGCCUGUUGAGCGCGCACCUGGAAUCUUCGCAGGCCCAGGAGGAACAACAGGGAUCCGACCAAGGCAGAGAAAAUGGCGAGCCCAGCACCGAUCCAAUCUACGACUCGGCAAGAGAAGACUUUCGGGAGCGUGAAAGCAAGGCUUUCGACGCCGAGAUGGCCAGUGGUGCCCUCCUAGGCCCCAGUGUCUCAAGUCGAUCCAGCAUAUUCGCAAACCCUCCUCAUCUCGCAACCCCCUCCAUCAUUGGUAGCUACGGGUCGCAUCGAAGCUCAGCCUACGGCACCAUGGGCCGAGGGUCCAUGCAGAGCCACAGACCUUCGGUCGGCGAGGCCGGCGAGCAGGACGAGGACGAGGAGGAUGCAGCGCACGGCGAACAUGAGCCCAUCCUCGUCAAGGAGGUGAAGCAGGGCGACAAGGUGAUCCUGACGGUCGAGGGCCAGAGCACUAUGCCCCAGUCUGUCUUCAACUCCAUCAACGCCAUCAUCGGGGUCGGCAUCCUCAGCUUGCCCCUGGCUUUCAAGCUGUCUGGCUGGAUCAUUGGGUUCGUGCUACUGACCCUGACAGCCUCUGUCACGGGCUAUACUGGCAAGUUGCUGGCAAAGUGCAUGGAUGCCGAUCCCAGUCUGAUCACCUACUCGGAUCUUGCCUACGUUUCUUUCGGGUCGCGGGCUAGGGUGGUUGUCUCCGCACUGUUCUCGCUGGAGCUCAUUGCAGCAUGUGUGGCUUUGGUCAUCCUUUUUGCCGACUCGUUGGAGAUUCUCUUGCCUGGCCUGGCUACUGUCGACAUGUGGAAGUGUGUCUGUGCUGCGCUCAUCCUGCUCCUCAACGCCUUGCCGUUGCGGUUCCUGAGCUACACCAGCGUCAUCGGCAUCUUUUCGACGUUUUGUAUUGUUUGCAUUGUCAUCGUAGACGGCCUUGUCAAAGACCAUGCCCCGGGCUCUUUGCGGGAACCAGCAUCAACACAUCUCCUGCCCACGAAUUGGCUUGCUCUGCCACUAGCAUACGGCUUGCUGGCCUCCCCGUGGGGUGCCCACAGCGUCUUCCCCAGCAUCUAUCGAGACAUGCGGCAUCCCGCAAAGUGGGGAAAGGCCGUGACGAUCACGUUCUCUUUCUCUUACGUUCUCGAUACAUGCCUUGCCAUCAUAGGCAUCAUCAUGUUUGGUGACGGCAUCAGCGACGCUAUAACCUCCAACAUUUUGAGGACGACUGGAUACCCCAGGGCGUUGACAAUCAUCAUGUGUGUCUUUGUUGCCAUCAUACCGCUAACCAAGAUCCCCCUCAACGCGCGGCCCUUGAUCACUACUGCGGACGUGCUCUGUGGCGUCCAUGAGACGUCGUCCCAUGCCCACCACGGCCAUCGUCCCCUCGCCGGCCGCGCCAAGAUGAUCCAUUUGACCAUCAGAGGCGUCAUCCGCACAACGGUGGUGUUGGUCCUGCUACUCAUAUCUAUCCUGUUCCCCGCGUUUGACUCAGUCUGCGCAUUUCUCGGUGCUGCGCUCUGCACCCUCAUCUCCAUCAUCCUCCCCAUCUCGUUCUAUCUCAAGCUGUACUGGAAGGACAUUGAGCAGUCAGAGGCCACAUUCCUGUGGCUGCUGCUCGCCGUCUUUUCGGUCCUGGGGACAGUCGGGACAGUCUGGACAUUUCUACCAAAGGAAUUCAUUGGAGUAUGA